AUGUAUAACCAGGGCAAUAUCAUGCGCAAGCUACUGGGCAAGACCAACAAUCCCGACUCUUCUUCGGCCAACAACUCGCACGAGAACACGCCGUCGUCCUCGGUUGCCAAUGGCACUUCUCACGGCUCCAACAUUACCAGCAACCCCAGCGGCGGCUUGACCUCGAUCCCCAACUAUCGUCAACGUCCCACUGCCGCCCAGAAUGCCUCCUACCAGGCUGGUCAACCACUCGAGUGUAUAGACAGAUCCCCCGAUGGCCGGUCAGCUGUUCUUGCUGGCCGCCAUGCUCUACGAACAGUCACCUUCGACGGCCUCAACAUUCGCGAGGGGAUCGAUCUUCGCUCGCUUCUCCAGGGAGGAAGCCCAGAUCAGCUAGCCAUUAGAGACGUCAAAUGGGGUCCUGCUGGCGGCAACCCGACCAUCUUUACGGCAUGCGGCAGUGGCAAGAUCUUCCAGUACGACCUGGUGCGCGCCAGCGAGGCCUGGGCUACCGGAUCCCCACUCGAGUCUCUCCAGAUCCGCGAAGACUCUCGACAGGUCAACACACUCGACGUCAACCCUCACCGGGCCAGCUACCUGUUGUCCGGUAGUCAAGACGGCAUCGUUCGCUGCUUCGAUAUCCGCAACCCGAUCCCCUCGCGAACCGGCGCCACUUUCCGUCCAGUCCAUGCCUACAAGUGCAACGCAGACGGCGUGCGCCAGGUCCGCUGGUCUCCCAAGGAUGGCUUUGUCUUUGCUUGCUCAACCGACCAGGGCACCGUCCUCCAAUGGGACAUGCGUAAGUAUCAUGCGCCCGUGUUGAGGAUUAACGCCCACGAGAAGUCGUGUACUUCGAUUGCCUGGCAUCCCGACGGCGAACAUCUCGUCAGCGCUGGAUGGGAUAGCAAGUGUCAUGUCUGGCACCUGGGCAAGGUUCCCGACAAGAGGCAGAAGCCGAAAUGGACUAUUUCGACUCCGGCACCGGUGGCUUCUCUUGCCUGGAGACCUGGGCAAUGGUCAGCAACGGCCCAGGCCAAGAGGGCUUCCCAGAUCGCCAUGUCGUAUGGGGAGAGUAGUCAGAAGAAGUUUGGUAUCAAUGCGGUGCACAUUUGGGAUCUCGCGCGCCCCACGAUGCCGUAUAGGGAGAUCCAGCUGUUCGACAGUUCACCCAACUCUCUACUUUGGCACGAUCAGUAUCUUCUAUGGACCGUCGGCCAGGAUGGUCUCUUUACGCAGUGCGAUGUCAACUUUGCGCCCAAGGUGCUUGACCGUCAAGCCGUCUCGACCAUGUCCUUCUCGUCACAGGGAGACGUGCUAAUGUUCCUAGACGAGCGUGCUCCCUCCCAUCGUCCGCGCCCACAUAUGCUCCAUGCCGACAGCAGCCACAGCAUUGGCGCGCCCUCCUAUAGCUCAAGUCCUACCACUCCCAGGUUUGGCGUCAGCCGCAGCGAUUCCGAAGACGAUGUUCUCGGAAGUUUCCUGGGCCCCAAGCAACGGACCAGUCAGCGAAAGCGGCGUCCAAGCACGAGGUCAGCCACCCUUAGCACGACACCCCCAACUGGUUCGGAAGAGGUCUUGUCGUUGGAACAGACCAUCAAGGUUACCGGUAUCUACAAGCCUCAACAAGCCAUGGCCAUUGGGCAUCUGCCUGCCGCUGCGAAAGCCGAUGUGUACGGAUACCUUACCGUCAACUAUUUGGAGGUCUUGUACCAGGAGCUGCCAUACGUUGAAGGAGGCAGGCCACUACCCGACCGAGUCAGGACUAUCCUCGAUCACUACGCCAAAACAGCCGACAGCGUCAACCAGUACCGACUUGCCCAGUCAUGGCGUGUUCUCGCUUACUGGAUCGACCUGGUUCUGCGAAGGCGAGGGCAAUACCAUUUGGAACGUCGAUUAGAUCAUUGCGAGAAGAGGAAGAUUGAGGGAAAGCUGCGCGCGCUGGGUCCUCCCUUUCAGAUGUCUGUCCAGACCGAUGGAGUAGAUACACCGCGAAAGGCAAAUCCUAGGUCGUUACUGUCAGAAGAGCUGGAGAGUACCUCGAACCAACCGACGCCACUUGCCCGGCCUGUUACGGAAUCUGAGAAGCUGACGCCAGUGCUGGAGUCUGGCAGUUUUGCCCUCGGCCCUGCACUCCAACCUCGCGGUCCACAAAAACGUAACCGUCUCGACUCUGUCCCCUUGUCCAUCGUCUCUUUUAACAGCGAAAACACCCAAGCCAGCACAGAAGGAUACGAUUUCUACGACACCGAAGCAAUCCUCGGCAAUGCCAUCGACGUACCUCGCAAACGUCCCGAAGACCCGAGAAAAUCCGUCUUACGCCAUGACUCCGAUGACAGCUUCGGCCACGCCCUCUCCGUCUCCGCCGGUAGUCGCCGCGGCGGCGGAACAGCCGGAACAGCCAUUGCCAGCUCCGUCGAAUCCAGCGGUGGCCUGCCCAUCCGUGGCUCUGCCCUCGCCGAGAUUCGCUACCCCCGCGGCAGCGACGGUUCCGAACGAGCGUCCGAUAUCCAAAUGGGCAGCUCCGGGCGUCCCCGCUUCGUCGUGCCCCCUAAGCUCAACCGCACCGAGACCGAAACAACGGGAAUGACGGCCUAUACUGACGAGCACCACGCCAUCACCCAAUCCACUACCGACGACAGUUUUCCCUCGCAAAACGACCAUGACAUUAUACAUGCCGCACCACCCGUCGUCAUCACCGACGAACCCCCUACUCUCCCCGAAGAACCAGAACCAGAACCCACCCACAUAAUCGAGAGCGAUUACCUGCCCUGGCCCUCCGAUCCCGCCUAUCCUUACCCUCUUCACAAACCCCCUUCCUUCUCCAGUACUACACCCCCGCUGAACCCUUACUCUCUGAUAUCCCGUACUCUGGCCUUUGAAGCCAAGUCUUCCGCCUUGAACGCUUCGGCCAUUGUCCUCCUCCUUAAGCCUUUGGUAUCAGACGAAGUCAUCGACAGUUACCAAGCAGCAGCCAUCCUUCGGCAGCAUCACUCCCGCCUCAUGAGUCUCCAACUCUUCGUCGAGGCUGCUCUUCUCAGAAAAUUAUGCAUGCAAGGCUGGCCCGCCGCCGCUGCUGAGUCCAUGCCCGGUGAUCAGGAGAAGAAUCCGCUGAAAGAUUGGGGAAUCAACUACCCGGCCAUCUUCACCCCCGCGCAAAACGGCGUGUCAGUCGGGUUCUUUUGCAGCUCUUGUCACAAAGCGAGGGAAUUGGAUCGCAGCGAGGCGUCGACGGAUUCAGUGUGGACGUGUAAGCGAUGUAAAGCUGCAACCGCCCCAUGCGCGCUCUGUGGUCACCGUGACUCGUCCCCCUUCAUCCCUUCUUCCUCGGAAUCAACCAUCUCCUCCCUCCAACCUGAUCGAGAAGGGGGAGAUGAAUACCAGCCCAUCGCAACAUGGUGGCUCUGCCCCAUCUGCGGGCAUGGGGGCCACUCCUCCUGUAUGCAAGCUUGGCACGCAGCGUUUGAGGCUGAGCGGGACUCGGCCAUGUAUGUUGAUGGACCAGUUGAUAACGACGACCCAGCUGCUGAACUGGCCUCGAGUGGUGGAUUCUGUCCGCUAGAUGGAUGCGGGCACGUCUGUCUACCUGGCCCGAUGAGACUGCCUUGGGGGACGCGAGGUACUGGAACCGAUACGGGACAUGGGCACGGUAUGGCCUCCAGAAUGGGCGAGACAAUGACCGAAGUUCCAAGCCGGGCGGGGACAGCGCGCGAGAGGGAGCGAGAGGCUACCGCUGCCAGCAGUUACACUCGUUCAGCAGGGAGCAAGACACCCACACCCGUGUUCUCUGGCGGCAAUAAGACACCAGUGUUCUCUGGCCAUUCCAGCCUCACUGGCCAUGGCGACAGCUCCCUCCUUGGCUCGGCCGCCGAUCGAGGAUACGUCGACCUCGGACCCCCAGCUCUCUCUGCUCUCGCUUCUGGUGGAACCAGCGAGUCAGGUGGCAGAUUACUUAGCACCGACGACGCCCUUCCCGUGGCACAAAGCAGAGCAGUAGAAAGCGUCAGGGAGACGGGUCUGGCAUUCGGGAUCGGACCGGGAGGUGGGAUACAGGCUCAUCACUCACAUUCGCAGACUUCGCAUGGCUCGGGAUCAGGAUCUCAGAGUCAUAGCGUGACGGGGAUAUUAAGCUCUAGUCCGGGGAGGAUUGGGGCCUGGAUGAGCGGCGGCCUUGCUGGACAUGGUGGGGAGGGAAGUAAAGCAGAGGGAGGAGGCAGAGGGGAGAGAGAUAAAGAGAGGAGGAAGAGUGUCAAGUUCGUUACGGCGGUGGAUGGGGUCGGCGGUGGUGGUGGAGUGGGGGGUUCAGCGUCACGGCAAUGAUGGGGCAGCUUUUUAGUCUUGAUUCCCAUUCACAAGUUUUUUCUGUUACGAAAUCAUCACGAACCAUAACAGACAGUGGAAGUCUGGGUUUGUUUUCACUUCAUUUUGUGCAGGUGCGCUUUGGCUUCGGGUGCAUUACAAAACUUGGCUCACGUGCUUUCGCGAGCCUGCCGUGACCAGACCCGUCGCUCCUUCCAGUUGCGCCUUCCACCUGUGUGUCUGAACGCGACGCGCAAUGGGCUCGUUCGAUGCAGGAGCGAUGCCCUAGAAAUACGAGACCCCGCCUCGCCUGUCGUGUCUUCC